GCCGUGAUGCAUCCAGAGCAUUUGUGACAGGAGACUAUUCUGAAGCUGGCCUCGUGGAUGAUGUAACUGGCUUGUCCUCCUCUGAGAUACUGAUACUUCACAAGUGGCUUUCAUUCUACCAGAAAAACUAUGUAUUUGUAGGGAGAUUGGUUGGAAGGUUCUACGGAGAGGAUGGACUGCCCACUUCAGAACUAACCCAGGUAGAGGCCAUAGUGACUAAAGGCAUGGAGGCAAAUGAACAGCAACAGAGAGACAAACAGAAGUUCCCUCCAUGUAAUGCUGAGUGGAGCUCUGCCAAAGGCAGCCGGCUCUGGUGCUCCCAAAAGAGUGGAGGUGUGAACAGAGACUGGAUUGGUGUCCCCAGGAAGCUAUAUAAGCCAGGGGCCAAGGAGCCCCACUGUGUGUGUGUGAGAACAACUGGCCCCCCUAGUGACCAGCAAAACAACCCUAGACACUCAAAUCGUGGGGACUUGGACAACCCCAACUUGGAAGAAUAUACAGGCUGCUCACCUUUUGCCACUGAGUGUUCCUUCCCAGUCUAAGAUGGUGUCCUGUAUGUUGAUGACACAUGGAGAACCUUCCCUAGAUCUCCAGGAAGCCCUUCAUAUUUGUGCUCUAGGAGGCUCCUGGCAUGAAAACAGGAGGGUCAAGGACUCCAGCCUCACUCUGCAAAUGUGUGUCACAAUUCUGUUGGUUGAGAGAAGAACCUAAUAGCCUACCUGGUGUGGUCAGAUUGUUUUGACACUAUUUGGAAGCUUGGUCCUGUCAUCUUCCUUGAGAGCCUGCGGACAUUAAUGAACAUAGCGUGAUCAAUGUAGGACUGCCUGGAUUCAUGCUGCCCUCAUCAGAGCUUGGACUCUGCCCAUCAUGCCAGUCUGGCUGGUACUUGGAGCAGUAGCAGAACAAGAUAGUGGCUCUCAGCAGAGAUGCAGGCAUCUCCCAAGAAGCUGUGCCUCUUGCAGAAUCAAGGUAACUGUUCUAAAUCACAAGGUAACUGACUAAGCUCACAAUCUCUGACUUUUGUGACAUUUCUAAAACCUCCAAGACAAACUUGAGUUUAGUGACUCCAUCAGAGCUAGGCUGGUACAGUAAGAUGUGAUAAUAAACUGGGAUGGGUUGAUCCUGGGAUAGGAAAGCUUUUACUUACACAGAUGGAGCACACCCAGAUGUGUAUUGAACCACUCACUUUCCUCAUAUCAUUAAUGAAAAGGUGUCCCUCCAUUCCUGAGUUUCUACACCUACCACAUGUUUUGAAAGGGGCUUCUGCUCCAGGUUUCUCAACCCCAUUCAAUGCUGAAUUCCCCUGCCUUCUCUGCAGGGGUCAAUUCUUACCUAUCUUUGUUGUUGUUGCUCAUUUUCGUAUUUGAGAGAGGGUCUCCUAUAGCUCUGGCUGUCCUAGAAGUUACUAGGUAGACCAGGCUGGCACGGAACUCACAAGGAUCCAUCUGCCUCUGCCUCCCAACUGUUGGGAUUAUAGGCUUGUCCCACCGUGCCUAGUUUAUUCCUACCUAUUUUGAUCUCUGCUACUUUUUAAAACAUUACUUGGCUUUUUGAGGCAGGAUCUUAUGUAUCCAGGCUGGCCUUGAGCUCAGUGUGUAGGCAUGUGCUACCGUGCCCAGUUUAUGCAAUACUAGCUAGGGACUGACCCAGAGGUGUAUGCAUGCUAGGCAAGCACUUUACCGACUGAGCUACAUCUCUAGACCCUUGAUCUUCAUUGCUCUUGACUCUGUUGGUCCUGCAAGGUCCCCAUAAAGUCCUCACUUGCUGUACUGGUCCCACUGGCAGCCCUUCCUCCUGUCUCUGUGGUUCACUCUAGGAACCUUCUCCUUGGCUUUUCUUUCUCCCACUUCAGGCAGUACACUACUAGGCAGUAUCUCUGAUCCAAAGGGCUUGAUAAUGAAGUCUGUGAGCUCUUUCUGGAGGCACUGCAAACCCCACAUUGCUUUUUUUUUCUUUUUGCAUACAUGAUGUAUGUGUGCAUAUAUCAGUGAAAUGUGACAUUUGCUGUCUUCCUGUAUUUCUUUCCACCUUAUGAGAGACAAGUGACUCUUAAUUGACAAGACUAGCUGGCCAGCAAGCUCCAGGAAUCCUGUCUCUUCCUCCUCAGUGCUAGGCUACAAGUGUGUGUCACCAUGCCUGGAUUUUUACAAGUAUCCAAACUCCAGUCCUUACGCUUGUAUGGUAGGUACUUCACUAACUGAGCCAUCUCCCCAGCCCUACAAUGCUAAUGCCUUCAUCCUCCUUGUCACCAGAUGUCAUAGUAUCAGCUGUCAACUUGACACAUAGUCACCUGGGAAAAGAAUUGCCAGAAUUGUCCAGAUCCUAUUGCUGAAGUUAAACACAUGAAGAAUCACCAUGCUAGAUUCAUUUAUAUCCCUCUGUGUGUGUGCAUGGGGACUAGGUAUUUUCUUUAAUUGCUAAUUGAGGUCAUGUGCACAGGGCAGGGAGCACCAGGUGCCUAUUGUGGGCUGUGUCACCCCUGAGUAGGUGGGCCUGGUUGUACAAGAAAGGUAGCUGAAUCCAAGCAUGGAUUCACUAAAGGUACACACCUUUAAUUCCAGGGGAGACAGGUGGCCUCUGACUUUGAGGCCAGUCUGUUCUACAGUUUGUUCCAGGACAGCAAAGGCUACAUAGCAAGACCCUGUCAAGACAGAGGGAGGGAGGGAAGAAAGAAAGGAAGGAAGGAAGGAAGGAAGGAAGGAAGGAAGGAAGGAAGGAAGGACCGAUCAAGUGAGCAAGCCAGCUGGCAGCAUUGCUCCAUAAUUUCUCCUUCAUUGGCUUCUGUUGAUUUCCCUCAGUGGUGAACUGUUACCUAGAAGUAUAGGAUAAAAUAAAUCCUUUCCUCCCCAAGUUGGUUUUGGUCAGAACACCAUAUGACCAAUCCCACCAUCCCAACUAUCCCAACCAUCCCAACCAUCCCAACCAUCCCAACCAUCCCAACCCUGCUCCAGGGAAAAGCCUAUAUCCUCCUGGCCAGCCUGUAUCCUUAGGUCCUACCUACUAACUUCCUCUUUACUCCUCCUCCCUCUGGUCGCCUUGUUCCACCCCCUUCACUACUGUGGUAGGUCAUCUUUCUUCAUGAUGAUCAGGGUAGUCUCUACUUAAACCUCCCAGGGUGUCUUAGUUAGAGUUUCUGUUGCUGUGAUGAAACACCAUAACAAAAAGGCAAGUUGGGGAGGAAAGGGUUUGUUUAUUCAGCAUUGCUGUUUAUCACUGAAGGAUGUCAGGACAGGAACUCAAAACAGGGAAGGAUCCCCGAGACAGGAGCUGAUGCAGAGGCCAUAGAGAGAAGCUGCUUAUGGGCUUGCUUCCCCUGGUUUGCUCAGACUACCUUCUUUUAGAACUCUGGACCAAUAGCCUUACACCACACAUCAUGGGCUGGAACCUCUCCCAUUGAUCACUAAAUGAGAAAGUGCCUUACAGCUGGAUUUCAUUGAGGCAUUUCCUCAACUAAGGCUCCUUCUUCUGAUGAUUCUAACUUGUGUCAGGUUGACACAUAAAACCACCUAGUACACAGGGGCUCCCCAUAUCUUUGAGGAUCACACGGAGCACUGUGGCAGAGGGGUCCCUUGCAUUGACUAUCUGGCUUUAUUCUAUUCCUUCCCUGUGUGCCCUGCUCUAUGUAAUCCCUAUACACAAACCCUUGCUUCUGGUGACUCUUUCUCCCUCACUCCCAUUAGUCUAGAACCUUCUCCUUGGCUUUUCUUUCUCCCACUUCAGGCAGUACACUACUAGGCAGUAUAUCUGAUCCAAAGGGCUUGAUAAUGAAGUCUGUGAGCUCUUUCUGGAGGCACUGCAAACCCCACACAGAACCUACCUGGGUACCUUCAUUAGCCAUAGGCCCAGAGUAGAUUUUAACUCUUAGCUUUCCACCAGCAUUUAGUUGCUCACCUUUUGUGGACACGGUGGUACAACCCUUCAAUCCUACCACUUGGGAGGCAGAGUCAGGCAGAUUUUUGAGUUUGAGGAUAGCUUGGUCUACAUACCAAGUUCCAGGCCAUCCAGCGCUAUAGUGAGACCCCGCACCAAAAAAGGAUCUACCCUUGUGGGCUUGAAACCUGAUCCUGUCAGCCUCAAACUAAACACACAAGACUGAUUCAUACAUUCAUGGAACAUGAACACUGUUUGCACUCCCAGGGCAGGAACUGAUGGUGAACUGAUCAAGGACCUUGUUCUG